CAGUAGCAAUCCGUUGUGAUCUGGUAGCCCGUCACGAUCGGGUAAUGACAAAUCUACCGUAAACAUUCCACAUUCGAGCAGAUUUGGAGCAGGAUCAACCUUGCGCGAAAAGUUUUGCCCAUCCUGCGAAUGACGCCGUAGGUUGACAGUCUGUUGUAAAGGAUGAUGGCCCAGCGGUCUGAACGGCCUCGGAUCCAUUUGGACCAGUCUGAGCUCCUUUGUACUAAAGGAUGUGGAUUUUAUGGCAACACGGCGUGGCAGGGUCUGUGUUCUAAGUGCUGGAGAGAGGAAAACCAGCGAGAAAAGCAAAAACAGAUCCAAGACGACUGGGCUCUAGCUGAGAGGCUGCAGAGAGAGGAAGACCAAGCCUAUGCAAGCAGACAUCAGAAGGCCCAGCCGCUGCCCGCUUUUGCACCUUUUGGCAAAACAGAGGAACGGAAGACCAAAGAAAAGUCAAGCAAAGUCAACACUGUCACCAAGUUUUUCAAAACACCACCAAAAAAAGAUGCCGCGACACCUACGGAUGCUCAGUCCGGCCCGAGUUCCUGCUCCUCAAUAAACCGGCCCCCUUCUGUGGACACCGACCCCGCGACGAAGGAGUUCAUUGAAUUCCUAAGGCCUCUAAAAUAUGGUCGGCAAAUCUUCAAGCAGUGUCGCUCUUUCACUGAGAGCAUAGCCUACAAACGGGUCUCUGGUGCUGACGACAUGUCCGAAUGCGUCCAGGAUUUCUACCAGUCUCUCUCAGAGCGCCUUCACACUCAAUUCAAAGGCUCCUCUGAAUACGUGGAAGGCAUUAUGGAUGAAGUCGAAAGAUACAUGAUGACACGUCUUUACAAGGAAGCGUUUUGCCCUGAAACGUCCGAUGAUGAGAAGAAAGACCUGGCUACUCAGAACAGGAUCAGAGCUUUACAUUGGGUCACGAUUGAGAUGCUGGGUGUUCCCGUCGAUGAGGACAUCCCUGAGGCUUCUGAUAAUGUGGUUAAAGCAAUCACAGAUGUGAUCGAAAUCGAUUCCAAGCGGGUGCCAAAGGACAAGUUGGCAUGCAUCACGCGCUGCAGCAAGCACAUCUUCAACGCCAUUCGCAUCAGCAAGAAAGAGGCGGCGUCGGCGGACGACUUCCUGCCCACUCUCAUCUACAUCGUACUAAAGGCGAACCCCCCGCGGCUUCAGUCCAACAUCCAGUACAUCACUCGCUUCUGCAAUCCCAGCAGGCUCAUGACUGGAGAGGAUGGCUACUACUUCACUAAUCUGUGCUGCGCCGUGGCCUUCAUUGAGAAGUUGGACGGCAAGUCGCUCAACAUGACCUCGGAGGAGUUUGACCUUUACAUGUGCAGGGGUGGGGCUUCGCCCAAGUACGCCCCGGAGGGUGGCGCCGCGCUCAGCCAGGUCCACAAGCGUCUGGACCUGCUGGCGGGCCUGGGUGAGCGACAGGAGCUGGUCAUGGAGCGAGCACGCCAGCUGGAGAGCGACCUCAUCGACUGGACGGAUGAAGUGGAGCAGAAAGUGCAGAGCGUCCUGGACACUUUCGAGACACAGAACCCUCCCGCCACCACAGUCGCUGCUGCGAACGUAGCCACACAGUCAUCGGCCAUUGACUCUGAUAACGUCGAAAAUGAACACUUGCCACCGCCGUUGACGCCACAAGUGUUUGCCGGUUGACGGUGGAGGAAAUUUAGAAUGCGAAUCUUUAUAGGAAAACACCCCAGACUGGUUGCCAGUCAGUCGCAGGUGAGGUUUCACAAUACUAACAAAAAGCAAAUGAAGUUUUUAAAGGUUCAAAUGCAAUUUGGGUUCUUUCACAGAAAGACCAAAAUAUCCGCCACCUUUUAUGAAAUUCCAAAAAAGCCACUCAUAUCUGGAGUGCGCAUUGAUACGUUAAAAUGUCAACCCCAUUACUGUCUGUUAAGUUCGUUCACCCUCCUUUUUUUGGACUGAAAACAAAAUUUCCCAGAUUUUAAAUAUUAGCGUUACCCAGAUGUAAGGCACAAAACAUUUGUGCUUUUGCGUGCAUGUGUGUUGCAUGGAUGCUUUUAUUUGGUUGACUCUUGACCGUUCACUGCAAUGAUUUGAACACUAAAGCAGCUCAACAUAAUGCUGUUUCCAACAUAGCACCUCAAACCAAUCUACUAGUGUGAAAGGAUUAGUUUUAAAUAUUUUUAGGUAUUUUUAAAUGAUUUAAAAAAUGAUAUGAUGAAGGAAAAACACACACUGGAUUGAUCAGAUGGACAUUGUGUGUUUUAAUAUUUAAGUUGGAAUCAUUUUCUUAUCACUAUUUUCUAGGCACAUAUAUAUUCUUCUUUUUGGUUUAUUUUGAAGCCAGGUUAUUAAGUUUAACUCGUUGGCUGCCAUUAUCGGUGAUGGAUGUCUGUCGAUGGCAGCCAAUGAGUCUUCUAGCUUGAGUAUGUUGUUAAAGCACUGUAAAAGCCAUGGAUGGGGUUAAACACUGGCCACAACUUGAAGUACACGUUCAUAAUUGAAUUGGAUCCAACACAAAAACUGCCUUUACAAAUAUAAUAAUGCUCAUUUUGAUGGAACCUCAGUAGUCAUUGUUGUAAUUGGUAUUUUUCGGUGAAGUAUUUUAUUUUUGUAAAGGUGCUUUUUUUCCCCUUGUUGUGGCCCCGUGAAUAUACUGAGCGGUUUAAAACGUCCUUAUAGGUUUGCUAAUGUAUCAUAUAGGAAAUUAAGUCAAUAAUGUCCUUUAUUUAAAUGUAACUUAUUGGGGCAGAGUUGUCUUAUUUCAACUGGGUGUGUGACAGCGAUGAUGCUGACUAAUAAAAGUGAAGGAAAUGCCCGCUUGUCGACAAUUUUUGCUCACGUUGCACUUUCAUACAAAUCGCCGCGAUUGUGCAAGCGCAUGUAAAAGUGGGUGUGGAAAUGGCUACACUUGUGUUAAAUUUAUAAUUUCAAAGAAAAUGAUAUUGGUGUAUGUUGACAAAUACUGGUUUGAAAAGUCCCACUAUUUUUGGACUAAUGCUUUCAAAGAACUGCUUCAUUUUCCUUUUUCUUUAUAUUUUUACAGUAUUUCCCUAUCUUAUAUAGGAUUGCUUUAGGUACUAUGGGUGCUAUUUCCUGCAUCAACAGAUGAUCUCGAGCACUAGCAAAAAGGGUUUAUUGAAACAAACGACCCCUAAAAUGAUUGUCGAGGAAAAAUACUUCAGUAGAUUUGGACAAUCUCACCAAAAAAUAAUCAGUGCAAGUUUCUCAGACACAAUUUAAAAUGUAUUUUAAGACAUAGCAGAUGAAAUUCAUGGUUAUUUCAAGAAACUUUCAUCAAAAUUAGCCUAUUUAAGAUUUCUGAAGAAACCUGAAAACUACAAACCUUCAUUCUAUAUAUCGUUGAGAUUCGGGCUGUGACAAUAUGUGAUUUACCACAAUAGGCCAUCUGUAUGCUCCCACCAAGAAUUGAUAUAUCAUUUUUGAAAGAUGCCACUGUUUAAUAAAGGAACCAAUAGGGUGUUACCAAAAUGUUUCACUAUGUUAACGCAUUGGCUGCCAUUAAUGGCGCUAGACGUCCAAUUAAUUUUGACUGGGAUGUUCAUACGCUCCUCCGAGUCCAAAUGAAUUGAACAUCUAAGGGCACCAGUGGCACUCCCAACAUGAGCAUUCAAAGCUACUCGUCCCAGUUUAAAUGAAUUUGACAUCGUUGCCAAUGGCAGGCAGUCAGUUAAGACAUUUGUUUAUUAGAAUGUUGCAAUAAUGUAGUGGUGCUGUAUUUACAGAAAUUUACUUAAAUAUUCUAAUAGUCUGUGUGGAAGGCAAACGUUUUCGACAGCUUGUCCGCAACAUUACGUAAAAUAAAACAUUUUUUUACAAUUCCCAUUUAAAAAUACCUUGUUUCUUUCUUUAAUAGUUGAAUAUCAUAAUUGGUUUUCUGACCCAUGUAUCAACAAUAGUUGUUUCGCCAUAUUGUGAGAUAAUCCGUAUCGUGAGCCUUGUAUCCCAAAUCGUAUUGGGGGUUCCCAAGAGGUUCCCUCCCCUAGUCGAGAUCCUGCGACCAUAUUUGACAUCUUCACUAAAUAUUUCCAAAAAACAUUCUGAGAAAAGACUGAA